CACACACACAUACAGAAACACACACACAUACUCAAACACACACACACACACACACACACACACUGGGAGAGGAGGCGGAAACCUCCAUCUGCCCUGCUCGGUGACCGACCCGUCAUCCUCGGGUUCGGGGGAAGAAACGAACCCGGUUCCAUUUUUUUUUCUUUUACUUUCUCGCCGUUAACGACACCGGAGCCGUGAUGUCAGAGAACCGGGAGGAGAAGAGGAGGCAGUUGAACAUGGAAGAAAUCUCCGGUCUACAUCCAGGCUGUGCCCCGGACUGCACCACCGCCGCCGCCGCCGCCACCACCUGCCCUCCCGGUACCGGUCAAUGAGAGGCAGCAGCAGCUCGGUCUGAAGAGCAAAUCCUCCCUCGUUUUCUCUCCUUUACCUCCUCCCUCUUUUCUUUUAUCAUGCUCUCCUCACUUCCAUAUGAUGAAGAACACAGUUGUCUUAUUUUAGCAGCCCUACCUUCCUCCUCCUCCUCUUCUUCCUCCUCUUCCUUCUCUCUUGCCCUCCUCUCUCCUGAGUUUUGACUCCCUCUCUUUUUACAAACACACACACACACACUCGCACGCCGGAAAAUGAAGCGUGGGUCGAGUGUGUUGCAGCCUCCCUCUGAUGCAGCCAAACGACACACACACCCUGCAAACACACACACACAGACACACACCAGUGGUAGUGUUGGUGGUGAUGCUCGUUCACUAAGUGUGUCCAACACACAUGCUGAACGCACACAGGACACACACGCCGAAGGUUCAAGCCCUUUCCCAGCAGCCACCUCUCUGUUCAGCCCUGAUGUCAGCACCAAGAUGGCGUCAGACCUCCUCAUCAAGCUGUCAGAGGCCACCCAGAAGGCCCAGGUGCCCCCUGGGAUCCUAAUGGAGGCGGAGCCUCAGCGGCGGGAGGCUCUGCUGGAGGUGCGUGGCGGGCAGCAGGACGAGCCGGGCCUCGCUCUCUCCCCAGACGGCCCUGGGGCGAGUCCUGAGCCACCAUCCCUCACGCACACACCCGAUGGCAACGCCACCACGGACACGCUGGCUUCAGACAUGCUGAGGAAACUGGCAGAACGCCAGGAAGUGAACUGCCAUGACGUCAGGAUCAAAGAAGAAGAAGAGCCAAUGGAAGUUGACACAAGGGCUGUCUCUGACCUCAUCCGUGAUCGACCAGGUACACAAGAGAUUUCCUCAUCUUCCUUAAAGAUGGCCAACCACCAUCUCGUCAUCAAAUCAGAAGACCAGGGUCUCCACAGAAACGAGCAUCACGAAAGCAAGAUGUCUGAACAGUGUCUCCUAGGCCUGAAGAUGGAAGACAGCUUCUUCACUGACGGCUCCGGCUCAAAGACGGGCGAUGGCGUCGCCUCUGGUUCCAGCACGUUUCCGUUUCAUGGCGUCUCUGGGACAAAGAUGAGAGAACAGCUUCUCUCUGGAGUCAAGAUGGAGGACCAGUUUCUCUUUAAAGCAAAACUUGCAGAGCGGCCUUUCUCCUCAGCAAAGUUUCUCUCCGGAGUCAAGAUGGAGGACGAGUUUUACUCAGGUGUCAAAAUGGAGAACCAGCUUCUCUCUGAGGCCGAGGUGAUGGACCCGGUGUUUUCCAGAGCAAAGGCAGAGGAGCAGCUUUUCUUUGGAGCCAAGAUGGAGGACCAGUGCCUCAGGGCCGUGCUGUGGCAGGACAUGUCGGUGAACCUGGCGUCCACGCUGCUGCACCAGCUCUCAGAGAGGGUCAGUAAAUCCAACAGUCAGCCGGUGGAGAGGUCGACUCCGCCCAUCAGAAGCAGUCCUGUUUUAAAGCUGAAUGGGGACCCACUCCGUUCCCCCUCACUUGUGAGGAAACAGGAACCUCCACAUGAAACGCAAACCAGCCUCAGCAGAGAUCAAACUGCAGGUUACUUCUACAGGUGUCAUGUGUGCGGGUUUGAGAUGGAGGGGCGUGUCCUUUUCCAGAGUCACAUGACAGAGCACCGCCAAUGGGAGCACGGAUCCUUCUCGCUGCGCUGCUGCGUGUGCGACUACUCGACCAAUCAGGAGGCAGAGAUGAGGGCUCACGCCGACACGCACCUACACAGCGACUCAGGAGUCAGUGGAGACAUGAGAUGCCCCAUCACCCCUCCUGCCACCAUCGCCGCCGCCUCCUCCAGCAGUGCUCCAGCAGUUGCCAUGGCAACCCAACCGGAGAAGAGCACCUCUGAGCAUCGCUGCCGCAUCUGUCAGAGGUCGUUUCCCGGGCAACAGGAGCUGCUGGUUCACUUCCAGGGUCAUCGCCAAGGCAACCAGUACCGGUGCGACCGGUGUGGCCACCUGACGCGGACAGCCAACAAGCUGGUGGAGCAUGUCCGCGUGCACACGGGGGAGCGGCCGUUCACCUGUGACCUCUGCCCCUACAGCGCCAAGCGGCGGGACAGUCUGCGUCUGCACUGCAAGGUCAAACACGCCGCGCACGUCAGCGGGAACGCGGCGGACGCACCCGGCGAUGUGCACACACACCGGUCCUACGUGCACGGAGACAAUCAGCGUUCAAACAAACACGUUCAGCGGCUGCACACACCGCUCAACACACACACUGCUGCUCCCUCCUCCUCCUCCCUUCCUCCUCUUCAUCCCUUGCUCUCUGACCGGGCAGGAUGGAGGGAUUUGUCUCCUCUCCUCCCCAUCACAACACUCAUCUCUCUGAAACCUCGCACUCCUCCGUCACCCUCCUCUUCCUCCUCCUCCACCAAACACUCAUUUCUCUGUUACCUUGGUCUGACAACUUCUUUAUAAACCUUCUUUGUCCUCCCCUACUUGCUUCUUCACUCCUUUUCUUGUUUCCCCUCCUCCUCUUUCAUCCUCAUUUCUUUGCCUCCUCCUCUUUUGUACUUCACUUCUCCUCCUUUGACCUUCUCUCCUUCUUGUUUCCUUACCUUGCCUUUUUUUCCCUCCUCUAUUGAUGCCAUGCUUCAUCUUAUGUCAUCUCCUUGUUUCCUCCUCUCUCUUCGUUUCCUUGUUACCUCUCUCCUGGCCUCCACUUCUCCUCUGCCUUCAUUCUUCUUAUUUUCUCUUUUCCAUUCUUCUCCUCUCCUCGUCUCUGCUUGACGUCGCGUUUCAUCUCCUUGUUCCCUCUCCUCUCCUCCUUUCCUCUCCUCAUCCUCUAUCCAUCCUCUGGACUGUUAAAGUGAUGGAUGUAAAGCUCUGUAAUGUAUCUGAGGUACUUUCACUCAACACUAAGUAUGAGAAUGUCAAAUAUGCUUGAUGCACUGAAAAAACACACGAAGAACGUUUUGAAUUUACCGAACUUUUUGCAUCAUGCUCGUGAUCUUUGCUGCCUGCUUUUAGCCGCUCAUGUAAUCACUAAACUCUUUGGCUAUUUAACCGACAUAUUUAUUGCUUGUCUCUCUCUCUCCCUUCCUCUCUCUCUAUCUCGCUCUCUCUCGCUCUCUCUCUCUCUAGUCUUUCAGAAACCCUGCACUUAAAAAUCCUCUCGUCACAAUUUGCACAAAAAAACCCACUCAAGACGCUUUAAUGUAAAGAUCGUUUAUUCAUCCUGUCGUUUUGUUUUUGAGAAAAAUCACUAGAAAGAAGUCGUUUAGUUUUCC